AUGUCCGUCCUUAGUUCACUGAGCAAAAAUUAUUUAUUCGAUAGUGUAGAAGACAUUUUGCUCUUUAUCAAGAAAGUCGAGGUGGAGGAAAGUGGGUAUUUGCGCCGUGAUAAACCUAUUCAGAGUGUUGUGAGUUAUAACAAAGACAUUAACAAUAAGAAUAAGAUGGAUGAAAAGUGGUUGUUUAAAAGACUUAUGUAUGCUUGCCCGCAUUACGGGAUACAUCGGGAUCGCUCCAAGACAAAGGAUAGACUCAAUCAAAAUGUGAUGCCCCAAAGUUGUCCAGUAAAAGUACAAUUCACGUUCUGUUCCAGGCAGGAAAAGUUUUAUCUUGCCUCAUUGGAAGUUGUCCACCAGAACCACCCCGUUUUCGCUGAGCACGUCUCUACGUAUGCCAGGAAAAGGCAUAUGGCACCUGAGGCUGUUGCCUUUGCAGAAGCUACUCUUUCCGUCGGUGCUCAACCCACUAAAGUGAGAAAGCUGUUGCAAGAUAAAUUUGGCAGCCAUCUCAUCAGUAAAGACCUGAUCAACAUCAAACAGGAAUUGACAGGGAAGACUGCGCAGAGAUCGUCGGGAGGGGUGAAAUCUCUCUCUGAUUCAAGAUUGUUGGAAAUUACCAACAUUCCAUUUGAAGCCCGUAUACUGAAGACGAAAUCAGAUGGUGAACUUCAUAUGGUAAAUUUUUUACAUCCCGGAAAAAUGGUGCAAACUGGUUUAUUGUGUGAUGAGGCCGAUUCCAAAAGUGAAUCCUCGUGUGCGUCGGUUCACGAUUACGAAAACAUGGUUUUUGUAAAUGUCAAUCGUACUGAUUGGGGUAUUCGCCACUGGAAGAGCUAUUCGGAUAUUGAAACAAGUUGUCACGAUAACAGCGUUUGCAAGGAAAGGGAGCCUCUGGAAUCAUCCAUCAAUUCGGCAUCAUCGAACGAUUCAACCCGCGUGUUGCCUUUUGUUAAACUAAGUAUGGAAGAAGCCAUCGCUCAGUUAAAAUCGCUAGCUACCCAUGGUCACAAUGUUUAUCAGCGCCCUGAAGAAAAUACUGCAACCAAGCUUUAUGAGGUCAUUUGGCUUAACGAAACUGAAACCACGGGAUCAAUAGUUAACCCAGUAAGAUUGUGUCCAACCAAUGGUCACAAUCUCAGCAUCAUUACUGAAUUAAGUGAAAGUAAUUCAACGGCAUCAAAUGGAUCUAAAAGCUCACUUGUCCAAACAGUUGAUACAAUUAUAAAUAAGAGCGCAGAUGAUUCAUCGGUCGAAGAUGAGCACCUCACUUACGUUGAAAUCAAUUUUCUUUCGAAGCUUUCCGAGCUUCAAUGGAAACAGAAUAAAUCGAAUCAGCUCGUUAAAAAACCCAACACGAACUUGAUAAAAAUACCCGAGAUCGCUGCUCUUGCAAAAUAUUUCACCAGCGCAACACACAUCCUAUGUCAUUUCCAUGUCCUGAAAACAGUGGAUGCGAAGCUAAUAAAGCUGAAAAACCUGGGAAAAGAGAAGAAGCAUCAGAUACAACAGCAUUUUCGUGCAGCUCUAUUUGCCACUACACAGGAUGAAUUUGAUUCAUUAUGUGAUCGUUUGCUGAGUGUAGAUGUAUCUGUCACGACUUACUUUCGGGACAAUUGGUUCAAUAUCACAGAUAAGUGGUCUUCUCUUGGGCGUCGUCAACUCCAAACAUUUGGAAAUAAUACGACCAAUCGCCUAGAACGCUUUCACCACACCAUCAAGGAUGUACUUCAAAAAUCCAAGCGACUUCCAGAUGUAAUCAGAACCUUGGUUAACAUAGUUCUGCUUCGCCUAAGUGAUAGGCCAAUGAAGCAGAACAUCCGAGAGCAUAGAUUUUCAACAAAAUCUAAGCAUCCACUGCUUCAAAACUAUGCGAAGUCCAUCUCGCCUUAUGCAUGGAGCAAACUAAAAGGAGAAAUGAAAAUCAUGAGACUUAAAUAUGACUUCUUUCUCAAAGAAGUAAGUACUGCAAAUCAUUUUAAAAAUAAAAUAUAUUUUUACCUGUUUUAUGUGUAG